CAACACCAACAACCACACUAUCACCAAGAUGCCGCUCUUCGUCCUCAGCCCCGCCUCGCUGGCGCACUCUGCCCUCUUCGCCGGGUACUACUCGUACCUCUCGGCCAAUGUCGUCUCUCUCCGCCUCAAGUCCGGCGUCAUGCUGGGCACUGGAGAGGCAGGCUCCGUUCGCGCCAAGGACCACAAGCCCUCGCCCUCGGACUCGGCCAACGAGGAGGCCCUCAAGCGCUCCGUUCGCGCCCACGGCAACUUCGUCGAGUCGACCCCCUUCAGCUUCUUCAUGAUCUUCCUCGCUGAGCUCAACGGAGCGCCUACGUACUUGGUCCACGCCGCCUACUCGACGCUCUUCCUCGCUCGUGUCGCCCAUGCUGAGAUUGGCAUUCGCGCCGCUGACACGCUCGGUGUGGGCCGACCCAUCGGCACUUUGGCGACCAUGCUCGUCACCCUCGGUGCCGGUGCCUACAACCUGAGCCUCGGAUGGGAGCCCCUCAAGUCUUUCAUCGGCCUCAAGUAAAUUGUGAAGCUUAUUGUGAAGUGACCUGACAGGUAGACUGGGAGAAGCACAGACGACAAGGGUAGCGAAGUGUUAC